AUGGAAUCAUUGCCACAGCUGGUCAUCGGCCAGGUCCUACGAAUCUCCGGUUAUGGCAUCGCUUUGGUGUUGAUCUCGGUUGUUCUGAAUGUCAUCAACCAGCUAUUUUUCUACAGCGGGAAUGAACCUCCUGUUGUGUUCCAUUGGUUUCCUAUUUUGGGGAGUACGAUUAGUUAUGGCAUGGAUCCGUAUCAGUUCUUUUUGUCGUGUCGACGGAAGCAUGGUGAUAUCUUCACUUUCAUUCUCUUGGGCAAGAAGACUACUGUCUACCUGGGCACAGAUGGCAAUGAGUUUAUUCUCAAUGGAAAGCUCAAGGAUGUCAAUGCUGAGGAGGUCUAUGGCAAGCUGACCACGCCGGUCUUUGGGUCGGAUGUUGUGUAUGACUGCCCGAACUCGAAGCUCAUUGAGCAGAAGAAGUUCAUCAAAUUCGGCCUCAGUCAAGAAGCCCUGGAAUCUUACGUCCCUCUCAUCGAAGAAGAAGUCAACCAAUACAUCAAAACAUCCGGCCAUUUCAAAGGCAAAUCCGGUACCAUCGACCUCGGCGCCAUCAUGGCCGAAAUAACCAUCUUCACAGCCGGCCGCACUCUCCAAGGAGACGAAGUCCGAGCAAAACUCACCUCCGAGUUCGCGGAUCUCUACCACGACCUUGACCUCGGUUUCUCGCCCAUCAACUUCAUGCUCCCCUGGGCACCACUACCGCACAAUCGUAAGCGAGAUCUUGCUCAUGCACGCAUGCGCGAGAUUUACCUUGACAUCAUCCGUGAACGACGCAAGACUGGUACAGCCGAAGAAACCCAGACGAAGGAUAUGAUCUGGAAUCUGAUGCGCUGCGUCUACCGCGAUGGAACACCCAUCCCAGAUAAAGAAAUCGCCCAUAUGAUGAUCACCCUACUCAUGGCCGGCCAACACUCCUCAUCCGCAAUAAGUUGCUGGAUAAUGCUCCGACUCGCGUCCGAACCCUCAAUGACCGAAAAACUAUACAAUGAACAAAUCAACACCCUGGGCACGUCCCUCCCACCCCUCCAAUACAAAGAUCUCGAAAAACUCCCCCUCCUCCAAAACGUCAUCAAAGAAACCCUCCGCAUCCACUCCUCCAUCCACACGCUCAUGCGCAAAGUGAAAAACCCCAUGCCCAUCCCUGGAACACCCUACGUGAUCCCAACAUCCCACACCCUCCUCUCCUCACCUGGUGUAACAGCCCGCGAUGAGCGCUACUUCCGGAACCCGAUGAAAUGGGAUCCGCAUCGGUGGGAGGAACGUGUUGAGGUUGAGGAUGACUCUGAUACUGUGGAUUAUGGGUAUGGGGCUGUGUCGAAGGGGACGAGGAGUCCUUAUUUGCCGUUUGGGGCGGGGAGACAUCGAUGUAUUGGGGAGAAGUUUGCGUAUUUGAAUUUGGAUGUUAUUGUUGCGACGCUCGUGAGGGAGUUUCGGUUUUUUAAUGCGGAGGGGAGGGAGGGGGUGCCUGAGACGGAUUAUUCGUCUCUUUUCUCGCGGCCGAUGCAGCCGGCGACGGUGCGGUGGGAGCGUCGUUAA